UCUCUUCACAUAAUCGAUUCCUCACUCUAUAAUCGAUUCCUCCCUCUAUUUAAGCACCUCCAGUCUCCAUUCCCUCUUAACAGUGUGCCGGCUCGAGGUAAAUCACAUCCCAGAAUGCCCGUCAUCUUGUCUAGGCUACUAGUAACAGGACAUUUCUGCUGAUGCGGUAAUGUCUGAAAAUGGCAAGGGUUCGCUUAUUGCCCCUUAAUGUAUCUCCCCUCUGAACGGCAGAAUAAUACUUUCUCCUGCGGUAUAAGCCGUUCAGUUCGAAGUGCCCAACCGCAAAAGCGGCUACAGACGUUGCGGCUUAUAGUUACUUUUUCUCCGUUUUUUUCCAUCUUCACGUUUCUCCUCUGACUCCCGCGUGAUUUUACAUCGAAUAUGAAGAAGAGACGACAGGAUCAAGAUGUAGACAAAUAAGACAUUUAAAUUAUCCGAGACGAACAGCUCAGACAGUGAUGCCGUGAGAGUUUUAGUCUACCAGGGCGAUCUGACGCUGCAGAGGAAAGCUCCAAUGUGUUGCGGUGGGGUGCAACGUAAAGUGUUAAUGUAUUAACACAUGACAACAACUCUCCGGAUGUCCUAGCGUUGAAUGACUGUGCUGAGUCGCGGACAAGACGCAUUCCGUCAGGAUUCCUUCACGAUCAUCCUGAGAGGCAUCAGCAGCAGCAGCAGAUGCAGCGGAGAGCAGCAAUGCUUGAGUCAGCCAGAACCGCAGUGGAGCCGCACUGAGGCAAAGCAAGUUAUACCCCCCCCUAUCUGGGGACUAGCACAAGAAAUAGGGGGAGAAGAAGAAGAGUGGAGAAGGAAAUUGUACCCUGCCAAAACCUGAAUGCCGCCUGUUCAAUCAGAUUAACCGGACAACCGGAAUUCCACAACUCCUGCUGCAACAGAGCUCCCGAAUUCGAGCUACAAGAUGACCGUAGUGGCAGGAGAUAACAUGGACGAGACCGUGGCAGUGCCGGGGCACCCGCAGGACUCGUACCCCCCCGACCACGAAGACCACGACUGCUGCGAGAGGGUGGUCAUCAACAUAGCGGGGAUGCGGUUCGAGACGCAACUCAAAACUCUCUCCCAGUUCCCCGAGACAUUGCUAGGCAACCCCAAGAAGAGGAUGCGCUACUUUGACCACCUGAGAAACGAGUAUUUCUUUGAUAGAAACCGUCCCAGUUUCGAUGCCAUCCUCUACUAUUACCAGUCUGGCGGUAGGCUGAGAAGGCCCGUCAACGUCCCGUUGGAUAUGUUCUCGGAAGAGAUCAAGUUUUAUGAGUUGGGAGUGGAUGCCAUGGAGAAAUUCCGUGAGGAUGAGGGCUUCGUCAGGGAGGAAGAACGUCCUUUACCUGAGAAGGAAUUCCAGCGUCAGAUCUGGCUGCUUUUUGAGCACCCAGAGAGCUCGGGUCCGGCCAGAGGGAUUGCUAUAGUAUCUGUUAUGGUCAUUCUGAUUUCUAUAGUCAUCUUUUGUUUAGAGACUUUACCUGACUUGAAAGAAGACCCUAGGGGUCGGUUUAAGACUGUAGGGAACCAUACUUUUUACUACAAACCAAACAUCCUAACCGAUCCCUUCUUCAUUAUUGAAACUCUUUGCAUUAUCUGGUUCUCGUUUGAGUUGUUAGUGCGUUUUUUCGCGUGUCCAAGCAAGGCGGUCUUCUCCAAAAACAUGAUGAACAUCAUUGAUAUAGUGGCCAUCAUUCCUUACUUCAUCACACUGGGCACGGAGCUGGCUGAGGACCCCGAAGACCAAGACGAGGGCAUGGGGGAGCAGGCGACAUCUCUGGCCAUCCUCAGGGUGAUCCGUCUGGUCAGAGUGUUUAGAAUCUUCAAGCUGUCGCGACACUCCAAAGGAUUGCAGAUCCUGGGACAAACCCUCAAGGCCAGUAUGCGCGAGCUCGGAUUGCUGAUCUUCUUCCUCUUCAUCGGAGUCAUCCUGUUCUCCAGCGCGGUGUAUUUCGCAGAGGCCGAGGAGAAAGGGUCGUUCUUCGGCAGCAUCCCAGAAGCCUUCUGGUGGGCCGUGGUAUCUAUGACAACUGUGGGCUAUGGGGACAUGGUGCCUGUCACUAUAGGGGGUAAGAUAGUGGGUUCCCUUUGCGCCAUAGCUGGUGUGUUGACGAUUGCGCUCCCAGUGCCUGUCAUUGUGUCCAACUUCAACUACUUCUACCACAGGGAGACCGAGGGAGAGGAGCAGGCCCAACUCUUAAACGUUAGUGAACCAAACAUUAGUGAAAGCAAUUCUAGUCGCCGUAGCUCGUCCACUGUCAGCAAAUCAGAAUACAUGGAGAUUGAUGGAGAUAUAAAUAAUAGCAUCGACAACUUUAGAGAGGCAAACCUCAGAACUGGCAAUUGCACUAUAGCCAACCAAAACUGUGUAAAUAAAAGCAAGCUGCUUACAGAUGUGUAGAAUUAGACGCCAUGGGACUUUAAUGAUGCCGUCACAUCAACUGCCGUUAACUGCCGUUAACUGCACUAGACCAUCAGGGCUGAAAGCUUCAUUCGCCUCCUAUAAGCGUUCUAGCAUUACAACAACAAACAUGCUCAGCAAUUUGAAAGUAAUUAUUACAGGGAAAAAAAGAAAAUUAAGCUGUUACUAGAGAAUAUAACAUAUAGAUAGAGUAAAUUAAUUAUUCUAAAAUGAUCCUUUAAAUAAGUAUUGAAAAAGAAAAAAGAAACAACUUCUAUUUAACACGCACAAGCAAAUGCGGGCGUCCUUGGAGGAACACUAACCAACAGCACUCAUGAGGACAUAUCUGUCUUUAUCAGACGAAGCCAGGCGUCGUAAUUAAAAUGUUAUGCAUGGAUUACAGAUAACAUUUCAGCAAGUUGCACAAUGCAUCCAGGAGAAAAUGCAUCAGAAAUACGCUCUGCUGCCUGCAGAGAGACAGAGAGAGACGCAAGUCAGCAUCUGUAGCAGUCAGACAGUGGUCGGAUCGAGCGACGCCUCGCCUGAAGUCAGAGGCUACUCCUCUACCCCUCUGUCAUCAAAGGAUUUACUAUCCAGCAAAGCGACCAGGGAAAAGACUGAUCACUGAUCUCCUGGUUUGGAUGAUGACGAGGAGGAUCUAGGAUACGGACAUCCGCAAUGCUGCUAUUUUCCAGCAGUAAGAUGCUGUAAUUAUGAUAUCACUAAGUGAUUCAAUGGGAUUUUAUCCCUUUAAAUGCAAGACAGCAGAAUUAUAUAACAAAAGAGCUUCACAUGAGCAUGUUUAGAAACUCCCCAUACAUGUUGAUAUUGGCAUGCGUGAUGAGACAUAACCUCAUAAUAAUGGAGAAAAAAAAAUAUUUUGGAUAUUUGCAUCCCCCUUAUGCCUUCAUUCGAUUCUUCCACCCCUUUAUGCUUUUGUUUCACUGAGAGUGCAGUACUGGUUUCAAAUCGUUUUUCAUUUCAAAAUGCUAAUCGUUUAGAAGAAUCUAGGGAGUGAAUGUUAAAAAUCGUAAGGGAAACAGUAACUAAACUAAGAUCAUAGCAUGAGAAAAAGCAACCUGCAUUACGGCCUAUCGACGAGAUACUGUGUAUCCUAGUAUAUCUAAUGCAUGACGUCAGUAUUCAGCUUGUUGCAGUUACAGACACUGAAUAGUGUCUAAUACUGUCAUGGAAACGAAACGUGGGCAAUUAAAAAAAAAAUCCUGAAACGUUUCUGAAAUGUGACAAAAUACAGUAUAUCCAAAACCAACUCGGGGGUUCAGAAUUAAAACGUUCUCGAUCAAAGAAGCAAAAUAAAUACCUAUUAUCAAAAAUGCAUAUUCUCAUAAAUACGCACCAAGUAUUACAGUAUUACUUCAAUAGUGCAGUGCAUGGACCUUCUUUGAACAAAGAAAAAGUAAACAUAUUAUGAGUCAUGUCUUCCAUUUCACCACUAAAUUUAGGGACGUUUGUUUAUUUUCACAAACAAAACAAUCGAAAUAGCUCUAAUUUUAAUGAAAUUAGCGUUUGUUUAAUAAAUAUUGCAAAUCAUUAUUUUGCACUUUAGUUGCUAGUGCCUUUACCCUUCUCACCAUGCAACAGGCUCAGUGAAAGUGCCUCUGUGUAUAUAGCCUACAACAUAAAUACAUGUUGAACAGAUCAGGUGCAGAAGAUCUUGUUUCCGCAUUAUGCUGUUAUUAAUGCUGUUAUUAAUGCUGUUAUUGAUGUGGAUGGUGAUGAUGGUUAUUAAUACAGUGAGAGAAUGUUCAGUGAAAACAACCAUGGAAGUCCAUUACCAACAUGACCCAUGAUUGAGUUUACCCAAGAUUCUAGAACAAGAUUCUAGAACAACUCAAGUUGUUGUCCUCAUGAUGCACUUAUGCUCUUCCUGGAACCAACCACCCUCCUGUGCUUUAUCUUUCUUCACCCAUGCACCACUUCAAAUCCAAAGGGAAUAUCCAUUGCUUUGCAUUUGCUUUGCAUUGCAUUGUUGCUAUUGAUUUAUGUGCCAUAAGUCUUGCGUGUCCACCUCAGUGAGGUUACUGCAGAACUCACUGCAGAACUGAAGCCAGACUCCUAGCCAGGCAGAGCUGCAAGCAGGCUAUAUCGAUGCAGAGCAGAGCUUACUUCUUCCACAACAUGAAAAAUUGCCUUUUAGUGGACUAGGCUGUGGUCAUCUAGGGCCAGCACUUACAAAGUGCCUCAGAGUAGGAGCGCAGAUCUAGGAUCAGGUCCCCCAUUUUCCAUGUAAUCUUAUUCAUUCUGAUCUAAAAGGCUAAUCUGAUCCUAGAGCUGCACUCCUACUCUGAGACACUUUGUGAAUACAGGCCCAGAUGCUGAAUUGUUAGAAGCACUUAAAAUAUACUCUAGCACCCUUAACCCUAUCCCUUUUCCUUCCAAGCUAUGCAUAAUCCAAAAAGAAAACAAACAAACAUUUCUAUACAGAUGUAGGAUCUUAAUUUGAUCACUCUUUUGUUGAUGAUACUUUUCCUGCGUGGCAGGAAAUGCAAACUUGUUGUGUAUUCAAGGUUUUAAAAGGCUUUUAAAGUUUGUAAUUUCUGCUUUAAAAAUGUCAGAUUUGAUUUGCCCUAAUGGAAAAUGUAUCAACCCUUACAAAAAAAUGUCCAUUAAUUAUAAUCCACAUUUCCUGUUGCUGCAAAAUUAUUUUCCUGCUGUAGAAAACUAGCUCAAAUUAAGACCCUACAUCUGUAGUAGCAGAGUAGACCAGAGCAAAUGAUAUAGACUGGCUGAUUCUCGAAAAACAUGUUAAUACAAGUGGUUUGGUUUCAAAUCAAAUCAAAUCAAAUUGUAUUGGUCACGUACACAUAUUUAGCAACGGAAGGAGAGUUGUAGGAGGUUAGUUAACACAGUGUCCAAA